GAUGUACCUGGUAGACUACGGGAGUAAAUCGUUAAAAAGGUUGGAUUAUGAACAUCUGCCAAACUGGCUCUAAAAGAUGAAAAGCCUGGAGGAAACAGUGCCCUCGUGUGGUGUGAUGGUGGCAUUGUAGCCUCCUGUCCUCCUGGGGUGUACUGGCCCUUUAAGAGAGAGACAGACAACAGCCGAGCGCGUCGAUGCCGCGCGUUACAUUUCAACGCGAAUUUACGCAGCGGCUGUUGCUAAGGUUAUUUAAUUUUGCUGAGAUUUACACAUGUUCACCUGUGUACUUAAAGGUUUUACAUAGCGGUGGAGACAGGUGGCGCCGUGCUCUGCAGGCUGGCUCUCUGGAGCGUAAUUGAUUCGAAGAGAGCUUCAGUUUAAAAGAAAAAACAAGCAAUCAAUGGAGGACAAACGCAAGAAGCGCAGCCCUAAGGUGUCUCUUCCUCAGCCUCCUCCUCCUCCCAUCAACCCCAGGAAGCUCUCCGUUCUGCCCGCCAGCAAAAGUGCCACCUUCUCCCUUGGCCUGCCGCAGCCACCCUCCCCCAAGAACAGAAACAAGUAUAAAAGAUCGAUAGGAGCUCCAGGACAGCCAAAGGAGGCUUUCACAACCGUCGCAGCUCCGCCUAAAAUCACCAGACCUCACAGGGAGAAGCCCAGGGCCCCACAGCCAGCAGGGCCCAGCAAAGUUGUCCAGUCUUCUCCCCUGCAGCACUCUUUCCUUACAGACGUUUCCGAUGUGAGAGAGAUGGAGGGAGGCCUCCUCAACCUUCUCAACGACUUUCACUCAGGCAAAUUGCAAGCUUUCGGAAAAGUCUGCUCGUUUGAGCAGCUGGAGCACGUGCGGGAGAUGCAGGAGAAGCUGGCCAGACUGCACUUCAACCUCGACAGCCACGUGGAAGAGCUUUCCGAGGACCAGAGGAAAUGCGCCUCUGACCACAACCUGGAACACCUGCUUUCUAAUCUGGAGGAGCUCAGCACCUCCAUACAAAAACUCCACUUGGCUGAGAACCAGGACCUGCCAAAGAACUCUGGUCCAUGACAUGUCCAACUUUAAACCAGCUUAGUGUGGCAUUGAUAAAGCAGAGGGGUGGAAAAGAUCUAUUUCUUCUCUUUCAGAGCACUGCAGUGACUAAAAGCCAUACGACCUUAAAUCCACCCUUAACCCAAAUGAUAAAACCAUUUCAUCAACAGCACAAAAGUGACCCGAUUGUUAGUUUUGGACUGAGAUAAAACUAGAUUUCCAAGCAGUUUCUGUGCAUCAAAAACCAUCAACAAGCAGCUUUAGCUCUCAGAAUACCCCUGCCCCUAAAAGAAAAAAGAAAAGCCCACUUCAUAAUAUUCAUGUGCUAUGAAUAUUCCGUGUUUUCUUAUAGAUAGAUCUUUGUCAAAAAGUUUAAAAGUGCUUCUAUAAUUAAGUUUUCUCCCCAAUAAGACAAAACCACUGUGUUUUUAAGAGAUUUCUAACUCUAAAAUCUAUUUCUCAUUUUUCUACAUUUGCUAUAAGACAAUAUUAAGCAGGGGUAACGAUUAUUGUUGUUUCCAUGUUAAGCAUUUACUCUCUGGAAUGAGGCCCAGUGCAAAUGAAAUGCUUUAAAACCACAAACUCUCAGCUAAUCUGUUCUGUUAUUUAUAGUAUAUGUGUGUGUUUUUUUUUUUUGUAUUGGAAGAACACAAGCAGCUCUGCAGCUAGGCAUAACUAUUUGUGCGAUUUACAAAAAGAAUGGCAGCUGCUUCUAUAGAUUAUUAUAGAUGAAGAUUGUUUUAUACAUACACGGCCUAUUACACUAUUAGUUUGUGAUAGUGAUUGUGGAAAAAAUGCUUUCAGAAUUUGCCAUUUUUAUGUUUGUCUUUUUCUGUUUUAUUGUGAGAUUUCAUAUUUUUAGUGGAACAUAUUGCUUUAGAACAUGGAUAUUGGUUGGUUGUGUAUUGAUUAGUGUUUAAGCACAAGGAGAAACAAAUUUAGAAAGGUGCCAUUUGUGUUGGAAAGAUGUUAUUCAAGGAAACCGCUUCCCUCUUUAUUUAGCACUUUUUAAAUGAAGAGCUAAUGCACUAAAACUUUAUUUAAAAUUUUAAUUGGUAGAAACACAAACUGCUUUCUGGUUUAAUAAAAUAUAGAAAAAUAUUCUAGCUUGCUGAAAGUUAUUAACAUCUUUUUCGGUGGUUUGAGAAAAAGCCUCUGCCAAUAAAUAAAUAAAUUUCUAGGAAAGUGUGA